CUGGCUGGGUUUGGAAUGCCAUGCUGGGCGGAGGGGCCAAGUGGGUCCCCUUGUUUAUUAAAGAUUUGAGGAUUUGCGGGGGUCUGUCUUGCGUGGACGUUGAGCGAAUUAAUCUCUUUCCUUUUUGUCAGAGUCUAGCUGAUGGACGCAGAGUCGCGGAACCCCGUGUCACCCCCACCGUGAGAGUAUGUGUCGCCUAUCCUCUUCCACUGCACUGCCCCGCAGACCAUCUUACAACAUCCAUAAGAAGUGAAAGAAGGAGCCGCUCUUGUGCUGGCCAACCGGGUCAGGACUUGGUGCGAAUCGCCACUGAGGCGUGUCAGCUGUUAGAAGAAGCUGAAACAAAAAAGAAGAAAACAUUGAUAGGAUUCCAAGUUUAUUAUUUAACACGACAGUAUAUAGCGUUUUAUUUUUAGUUGGAUUAUUUGACCAGCUGCCCAGACUAUUCAAAUAAUAAAAACCAAAAACCGACUUUAAAUUGAACUCUUCAGCGAAAUUGCCUUUUGCAUCCAAGAAUUCCCGUACUGCAUUUGCUAUAUAGUCCGAGUUACUGAAACUACCGUAGGAUGUCUAAUUACAUCAUAGGAUAAGCGAAGAACCAUAUCUUAGAUCUGCUAGUGGAGACGCAUGUAGUUACAGGCACUCUGACGAAUUCAAGUUAUCUAGUAUAAAUCGUGGUGUCCCGCUGCAGUCGCUAUGAGGACGUGCGCUUUCAUUUUGGGACUGAAGACGCUGUGGGUUCUUCUCUUCUGUACACUUUCCAACACUCUGGCGGUCAAUAACAGCGGGAGAUGGUGGGGCAUUGUCAAUGUGGCUUCUUCUACUAACUUACUAACUGAUUCCAAAAAUGUGCAACUAGUUUUGGACCCCAGUCUCCAGCUUCUGAGCCGCAAACAGAGGAAACUAAUCCGACAGAAUCCUGGAAUCCUGCAUGCCAUCACCAGUGGCCUCCAGAGUGCCAUGAAGGAAUGCAAGUGGCAGUUUCGAAACCGGCGCUGGAAUUGCCCCACUACACAGAGUCCAAAUGUAUUUGGGAAAAUUGUUAGCAGAGGCUGCAGAGAAACAGCAUUUAUCUUUGCCAUCACAAGUGCAGGCAUAACUCAUUCCGUUGCCAGAUCUUGUUCUGAAGGUUCAAUUGAGUCAUGCACCUGUGACUAUCGCCGCAGAGGCCCUGGUGGUCCUGACUGGCACUGGGGUGGUUGCAGUGAUAACAUUGAUUUUGGACAAGUCUUCGGAAGAGAGUUUGUGGACUCCAGUGAAAGAGGACGAGAUCUCCGCUAUUUGACAAAUCUACACAACAAUGAAGCUGGGCGAAUGACAGUUUUUUCGGAGAUGCGCCAGGAAUGUAAGUGCCAUGGGAUGUCAGGAUCCUGCACGAUCAAGACUUGCUGGAUGAGACUUCCAACGUUUCGUACAGUCGGGGACUUCCUGAAGGACCGAUUUGAUGGGGCAUCUCGAGUCAUCUAUGGCAACAAAGGCAGCAACCGGGCCUCCAGAAUGGAUGUGCGGCACCUAGAGCCGGAAAACCCAGCUCACAAGCCUCCUUCCCCACGGGAUCUGGUCUAUUUCGAAAAGUCUCCUAACUUCUGUACAUAUAGUGGGAAAACUGGCACAGUAGGCACCACAGGACGCUACUGCAACAGCUCUUCCCCAGCAUUGGAUGGAUGUGAACUGCUUUGCUGUGGGCGCGGCUACCGGACCAGGACAGAGCAAGUCACAGAGCGGUGCAACUGCACCUUCCAUUGGUGCUGCCAUGUGAGCUGCCUUAAUUGCACCAGCACACAGGUUUUACAUGAGUGUUUGUAGGCCCAGCUCUUCCAUUGUCCCUCAUUCCAUAUUUUCACCUCCUUGGGGCAACUAUAUUUGCUGUGGUGAAUGCCAGACAGUGCUUCCUUGGUGCUCACCUAUCACCUUAAUACAGUCAGCAGUCAUUUGGUCUGUUAAUGGAGCUUCCAGCCAUGAAAAAAAGGAAAAACAAGGAAAAUGGAUAUGAUAAGAUGAGAAGAGGAGACCUCCAAUCACCAGACCAAGCUGCCACACUGACAUCCAUUAAGGGAACAGAGAAAGCACUUAACAGGGACUCAGCGUGCCAGAAGAAGUUUCUACUUUGAUAGUCCCAGCAUUUCCCCCAAUCCCUUGUAAAUUGACCAAAACCCCUUUCUGUCAAUCUGCUGCUGCCUGUAAUUGAAAUUCUGCCAAAGAUUUUCUAGUAACCCUUCAACCCAUAAUGCCCCCCUCCCCCACAACAACCACCCUGCUCUGCUGGCUCAUUUUGGCCGUGCCACUGGGUUUUCCUCUCUGUGCCCUUUGCAACAAACAUGACGAUGUGGAAAGAGCCAGUGGUGAGGCUGACAGCUCCACUGAACUGUAACAAGUGCUGUGCCAAGUGCUGAGAAACCAAAAAAUUUGAACACUGCUACAGACCAAAUCGUAGUAACACACUUGCACACACAAGUUGAUGCGGUCAACUCAGCUGACGCUGUGGCGCAAAGCUGGCGCCGCUUUUAGGUGCAGGCAAACGCUUGCAAUGCUAAUGAUUUCAGCAGGAACUGGACGAUGGAGCAGGGUGCCUUUAACUCCCCGAGAAACCCUUUCAAAAAAAAAAAAAAAGAAAAGAAAAAGCAGGCAGGGCAUAGAUGGAAGGGAAUUCUUUUUUUUUUUUUACUUUGUGGAUUUUCCAGGCGGGGCAAAAAUAAAGAUUUAAAAGAUCUGUUUUUAGAAUCGUGCUUCCCCUAACUAGAUGUUAAAAUGCGGAUAUCACAUUGUUGCUUCACAGCAGCUUCAUGCUUUUUACUUCUGGAAAAUCUACACCUUUAACAUUUUCACAAAUUCUCAUUUCCUACCAGGUGAUGAUUUCUACUUUUGCCUGAGCCUCUCAAGCUUAGUAAUUCUCUGGAAGGAAAAGGGAAAAAAAGGCUUGGAAGAAAUUAGUUGUGGUAUAUCCUGGGGCCUGGUUUAGUUCUGAAAGCGUUCAGUGUGACAAAAAUUCUGGGGCAUCUGAGGUCACCAAGCUGCGAGUAUAUUAUGGCAGUUGAUUCUGCCAAUAAAACAUCAGCGGUGAGUGGUGAAAGAGGAUCCCAUAUUAGCCACUCCCUCCCCUGUGACACUAGGCCAGGUCACUCCACCUUCAUGGGACAUAUGUGAUUGACACUUCAAAAGUAACAGUUGGCCAAAUUUUAUCCCCUUGCAUUAUAAUGUUCAUUGGAAUGCUACUGUUUGCUCCAGAAGGUUAAAGACUUUAAAUUUUGAGUUUCCCACAUUAGCUUCUAUCUUCUAGUGUGACACCCUUUAUAGAGCUUGUCAUCUCACUGCCUCACACUCUGUGUAUGCAAAGAGACUGUGCUGUUCAAUAUGUCAAAGACGUGAAAACCAACAGGCGCCAAUUUAGCGGGUAACUACCCCUUAUCCCUCUAAACUGGAUCCUGUGUCCUUAUUUAAAGCCCCUUAGACUCCAGAAAUUAAUCGCAGCUUCUGGCAGCCAUGGUGGCAGUGCAAUGCUAAAGGGGUGGCCCAAAUCCUUUUUAUGGUGGAUAAGGGCCAAUAAACUCUUUUGACACCUAACCUCUGGCAGCACCUCUCUUGAAGAGUGUGGGGCUCUGCUGUAUAUGAUUCAGUAGCUGAUGGCAGGCAGCUCAUUCUCCUCUAAUCAAAUCUCUUUACCUGAUUGUGCUGUGCAAAGCCGUACGGUUCAGUGAAAGAUCUGGCAUCAUGCAGC